CAAUCAAAACCGUGGACACGAAACACUUCCUGUUUUUAGCGCUGUAAACUCGUGGAUAGCUGUUUCCAUGAUACUGUAAUGUUAUGCAGGUGAAGACCAUGAAUUUACUCUGUCACUCGCGGAAAGUGCUGUCCUCGGUGUUGAGAACUAGUGUUUUUCUAAAGCGAACAGAGGCUUUUGGAAGCAUUUGUUCAAUCUCCAAAGCUCGGUGCAUUAGCCUGUCUGUGCCUCAACAUUUUACAGCAAAUCUGACCUCAUGUCAAAACUCGCAUCACACAGCGUCCUUCACCGGGCACUUUGACAUAAAAAGAUGUUAUUCGGAAAGCGAAGAGAGCCGAAAUUCAGAGAGUAAUGGCGUGAUUGAAGAUGAUUCACAUGAGCUGGACGAUAAUAGCAGCGAAAACAGCUCCUUAAGUCGCAGAUCCUUGGAGACUUUCGGUCUUGAUGUGCUGGUGUCUCUUCUGCGUCAGGAAAAUGCAGUAGACCUCUGUGUGAUUAAAGUACCAGAGCAAAUCAAAUACGCCGAGUACUUCAUUGUCGUCAGCGGUGUGUCACCAAGGCACUUGCGCGCAAUGGCACUUUAUGCCAUUAAAGUGUACAAGUUUCUGAAGAAAGAUGAAGAUCCAAAUGUCAAGAUUGAAGGGAAAGAUGCAGAAGAUUGGAUGUGUAUUGACUUUGGUAAUAUGGUUGUUCAUUUCAUGCUGCCAGAGACUAGAGAAGUGUAUGAACUCGAAAAACUUUGGACUCUCCGCAGCUACGAUGAGCAGCUGAAGAGUAUCCCAACUGAGACACUUCCAGAGGAUUUCAUAUUUGAUGUUGAAGUUACAAAGUGACAACAUCUAAGGCGAAAUAAUAAGAUGUGCCCAGACUGAA